UAUAUAAGUAAUAUCUAAUCUAAUGCUAAAAUAUAUAUAUAAAGACGUUAGAACAUAGUAACAACAUCAGUCAUAGAAAAUGAAGCAAGUCACAACGGUUGCGUUCGGCAUUAUCCUGCUGAUUGUAAGCAUUGGCGUUCAAGAUGCCAGAUCCGUCAGCUUACACAGAAGGUCCUUGAAAGAUACGGAAGGUUUGAGCAAAGGCUUGGGAGCGGUUGACAGGCAAGUUGAAAAAAACGAAGAUGACGGCUCGCAGCUGCGUCAAAAAGUCUACAUCAUCAAACUCAGCGAGAAAAAGGGCAAGCAGGAUGUGGGCAAAGGAUUAGGAGUCGUUGAGAAGGCUUCUGAGAGCGACAAGGACUCGUCGCUGCGUACACGCUUCAUCAAACGUGGUGGAAAGGACGUUUCCAAACGUGACCUAGCUGGCACGGUAUUAGAUAGCGCUCCAAGCUACGGUGCAAUAAGUCAUUAUAAAAACCGACAUGAUCUUUUUCGUGGUGUUCCAAAACCGGAAGACGAGAGCGUAGCAAAUCCAAAUCGUAAUAUUCACGGUCAGAACACGGUAUUAGAUAGCGCUCCAAGCUACAGUGCAGGAGGUCGUACUAUUUACCUACGAGAUGAAUUUCGUGGUGUUCCAAAGCCGGAAGAUGUGAACGUAGUAUAAUCCAAGAAAACGAACUAAACCUACAGAGAAGGCGACAGACGCAAAAUAUACUAUACGACGAGUGAACUAACCCAAAGCCACAGCUCACUGAGUUUCUCGCCGGAUCUUCUCAGUGGGUCGCGAUUCCGAUCCGGUGGUAGAUUCUGCGAACCACUACUAUUACUAAGGCUUCUUCUUAUCCAGACGUCCACUGCUGGACAUAGGCUUCCCCCAAGCCUCGCCACAAAGAUCGGUCCUGUGCUGCCUGCAUCCAGCGGAUCCC